GUGGCCGAUAGACUGAAAUGUCGACUGAAUAAGGUUGAACCGGAUGCUGUUUCAUUUGUGUUGAAAUUUGAAUCAUUAACGAUUUUUGAUCAUUUUAAUCAAUACAAAUAAUGGUUUUACUAUUAGUGUGCUGUGUCUGUGCGUUCUGGACAGGUCUCCGCGCCUCUCGAACGCUCUGGAAUAACGAGAACUUGCAUUUGCAUACGCCUGGCAGCCUGCGUCAUUGCACAGGAAUGCUGCACUCUCUUGAGCAAUGUAGUCGGAGAGUUCGAGAAAUGGCUAGAAAUCAUGAGUGCUAUUUUUUAGGCAAUGGGGAUGGUAUAUAUUCUGGUACCUUCAGUACCAGUACAUUCAGAUUCAAACAUCGACUCAGCGAGAAUACUAAAGGGAAAAGAAAGCAAGAAAAGAGAAGAGAUACGUUCAACAGACCUCUACAUUCAUAAACUGCAACUAACUCCAAACCAUCAAGAUGUCAUCAGCUAAAGGCCCGUCUAUCGGCAUUGACCUGGGCACCACCUACUCCUGUGUGGGGGUGUUCCAGCAUGGUAAAGUGGAGAUCAUCGCCAACGACCAGGGCAACAGGACCACACCCAGCUAUGUGGCCUUCACAGACACUGAGAGACUUAUCGGAGACGCAGCAAAGAACCAGGUGGCCAUGAACCCCAACAACACCGUUUUCGACGCCAAACGCCUGAUUGGCCGAAAGUUCAACGAUCAGGUCGUGCAAGCCGACAUGAAGCACUGGCCCUUCAAGGUGGUCAGCGACGGAGGAAAGCCUAAAGUUCAGGUCGAUUACAAAGGUGAGAACAAAUCCUUCAACCCAGAGGAGAUCUCCUCCAUGGUCCUGGUGAAGAUGAGGGAGAUCGCUGAGGCUUACCUGGGCCAGAAGGUGUCCAAUGCAGUCAUCACAGUCCCUGCCUACUUCAACGAUUCACAGAGACAGGCCACUAAGGACGCUGGAGUGAUCGCUGGGCUGAAUGUGCUGAGGAUCAUCAACGAGCCCACGGCGGCAGCCAUCGCCUACGGCAUGGACAAAGGCAUGUCCAGGGAACGCAACGUCCUGAUUUUUGACCUGGGUGGGGGCACCUUUGACGUGUCCAUCCUGACCAUCGAGGAUGGGAUCUUUGAGGUGAAGGCCACGGCUGGAGACACUCACCUGGGAGGGGAGGACUUUGACAACCACCUGGUCAGUCACUUUGUGGAGGAGUUCAAGAGGAAACACAAGAAGGACAUCAGCCAGAACAAGCGGGCUCUGAGGAGGCUGAGGACAGCCUGCGAGAGGGCCAAGAGAACACUGUCCUCCAGCUCCCAGGCCAGCAUUGAGAUUGACUCUCUUUUUGAGGGCAUCGACUUCUACACCUCCAUCACCAGGGCUCGUUUUGAGGAGAUGUGUUCUGACCUCUUCAGGGGAACCCUGGAGCCUGUGGAGAAAGCCCUCAGGGAUGCCAAGAUGGACAAGGCCCAAAUUCACGACGUCGUCCUAGUCGGAGGCUCCACCCGGAUCCCCAAGGUCCAGAAGCUCCUGCAGGUUUUCAACGGCCGAGAGCUAAACAAGAGCAUCAACCCAGACGAGGCGGUGGCCUACGGCGCUGCCAUCCAGGCGGCCAUCUUGUCUGGCGACAAGUCUGAGAACGUCCAGGACCUGCUGCUGCUGGAUGUGGCUCCCCUGUCCCUGGGCAUCGAAACCGCCGGAGGGGUCAUGACCGCCCUGAUCAAACGCAACACCACCAUCCCAUCCAAACAGACCCAGACCUUCACCACUUACUCCGACAACCAGCCCGGGGUCAUGAUCCAGGUCUACGAGGGAGAGAGAGCCAUGACAAAGGACAACAACCUCCUGGGGAAGUUUGAGCUUUCUGGGAUCCCCCCUGCCCCACGAGGAGUCCCUCAGAUCGAGGUGACCUUUGACAUCGACGCCAACGGCAUUCUGAACGUAUCAGCGGUGGACAAGAGCACGGGCAAAGAGAACAAGAUCACCAUCACCAACGACAAGGGCCGGCUCAGCAAAGAGGAUAUUGAGAGGAUGGUGCAGGACGCUGACAAAUACAAAGCUGAGGAUGACGCACAGAGGGAGAAGAUAGCUGCCAAGAACUCCCUGGAGUCGUACGCCUUCAAUAUGAAGAGCAGCGUGGAGGACGACAACAUGAAAGGCAAGAUCAGCCAGGAGGACAAAAAGAAAGUGGUGGACAAGUGCGACCAGACCAUUUCCUGGUUGGAGAACAACCAGCUGGGCGACAAAGAGGAGUAUGAGCAUCAGCUAAAGGAGCUGGAGAAAGUAUGCCAGCCUAUCAUUACCAAGCUGUACCAGCAGGGAGGGAUGCCCACAGGUUGUUGUGGAGAUCAGGCACGGGCCAGCUCUGGUGACAGCUCCCAAGGCCCAACCAUUGAAGAGAUUGACUAAAGUCAGGGAUUUUUAUAAAGGACUUUUCAAAUGCAUUAGUAUCACUGCAUACAAUUUACUAUUCAGGAAAUACUUUGUACUUGUAAAAACACACUGUACAUCUGUUGAUUCAUACCAUAUUGCAUUGCUGGACAUUGCAAAUAAAAUGUAUUUAAAUAUG